AUGUUCCGAAGAAAAUUCCCAGUCUUACUUAGAUACGGGCUGUUCAGUACAGUAGCGAUCGGUGGUUCUGUUUAUGCUUAUAGUGAUGGCAACUAUAAUUCUUUCGCAAUUGUUAGAUUUACAAGAGCAGCAUACACUGCACUGGAUAUAGGUCAAACUUACAAAACAAUGUUAUACAGUAAAGAUUGGGACAGAAAUUCAAAAGAAUAUUUAGAAUUAAGGAGUCGAGCUCAUCAAAUUGGGGCAGAUAAAUUGCUUGAGUUAUGCAAGGCAAAUAGAGGCGUCUAUAUAAAAGUAGGACAACAUGUUGGUGCACUUGACUAUCUGUUACCUCAUGAAUAUGUAACUACUAUGCGUAUAUUGCAUAAGGAUGCUCCGAAGAACAGUGUUGAACAACUGUACAAAGUAAUAAGAGAAGAUCUCACAGAUCCUGAAAAUAUUUUUGAUGACUUUGAGCCAGAGCCUUUGGGCACUGCUUCACUUGCGCAAGUGCAUAAGGCUAAAUUAAAAGAUGGGACUAUUGUUGCUGUAAAAGUUCAACAUGAUUUUGUUAGGAAGAGUAUAAAUAUAGAUUUAAAAUGGAUGGAAUUAAUUAUUCUAACAAUGUCUAAAAUAUUUCCUGAAUUCCAAAUGCAAUGGUUAGUGGAUGAAACUAAAAAGAAUAUUACUCAAGAAUUAAACUUUAUCAAUGAAGGUAAAAAUGCGGAGAAAAUGGCUCUUUUGUUUAAAGAUUAUAAGUGGUUAAAAGUGCCAAAAAUAUACUGGGAUUUUAGCUCUGAGAGGGUCCUAGUCAUGGAUUAUGUUGAAGGAGGUCAAGUCAAUGAUGUCAAGUAUAUUGAUGAGCACAAGAUUAAUCGAUUUGAAGUUUGCCAAAAACUUGGAGAUUUGUAUUCUCAUAUGAUUUUCAUUAGUGGCUUUGUGCAUAGUGAUCCUCACCCAGGAAACAUUGUCCUGAAAAGGGCACCUGGAUCAAAAGAGACUGACAUCUAUUUAUUGGACCACGGUUUGUAUGCUCAAUUGACAGAUAGAUUUAGGUAUCAUUAUUCCAAGCUGUGGUUGUCAAUCAUUGAUCGGAACAAAGAUGAGAUGAAACUUCAUGCAGAGAAACUCGGUAUACGCAGUGAGUUGUAUAUAUUAUUCGCUUGUAUGGUAACUGGAAGACCAUGGGACGCUAUUAUCAAAGGGAUAGGUUCGACUAAACCAACCGUUCAAGAGAAAAGAUUGUUCCAAGAAGAGAUACCUAACAUUUUACACUAUAUCACAGAAUGCUUAGAGCAUGUAGAUAGACAGGCGUUGUUGGUAUUGAAGACAAACGACCUCAUUCGCAGUAUUGAACACGCGCUUCAGGUGCAAGGGCGGAUGAGUGGCUUUAUAGUCAUGAGCAAGUGCUGUGUAGAAAGUGUAUAUAAACAAGAAUAUAAGAAUACUAUGUCUACGUUCCGGAGAUCGAUGCUCAACCUUAAGUAUCGCUGGACAUUGCUGUUGUUGUAUUUGUACAGUUUGUAUUUAAGUUUACAACAUAACUGA